AUGGUUGUUACGAGAGUAGAAAAUAUGGCUUCCUAUACCACGUACACUGGAAAACCGAAAAUUUUCUUUCCAAAGAAGGUGCGUUCAGAGGAAUCCCUCGUAACACCAGAAAAAACCACAAAUAAUGCACGAUGGAUACCAGAAUUUGGUUUGGAUGGCAACAACACUUUGAAACACAACGGCAGUGCCAAGGACCUCGCCUCGGUCAUGGAGAACCUCAAAAAGACCAGCCUGGUCUCCAGACAGAAUCAGACCCUCAAUACCCAAGUCUCGAGCUCAUCGAAACAGCAGAUGGUGUCUAGUUCUACAUCGAGCAGCGCGGCCUCGAGCCAGCGCGUUCAAAGUUCAUCUCAAAGGGCCAGCUCCAUCAAAUCUGACUUAUCCGAACUAAAGAGCUCCAUAUCCGAAAUGAAGACCCUGAGCAACACGGCAGCUUUAAAUUUUGGACAAAGAUUGCGAAGUUCAAUGGAGAAUAUUGUCGACCAGGACGAUAUGAAGGAGAGACACAUCCCAGAUAUCCGGGAGAUGGGGGAUAUCGGUGACAUGGGUGAUAUGACGGACCUCGCGGGGGACGGUCCUCUAGUGACCUUUCCCGAGUCGGACACCCCGCCUCCCGAUAAACCAUGUUUGUUGGCUCCCGCGUCUGCUACGAUAGCGUCCUUAGGAUCGAGUGCUGCGAACGAAUUGAAGUACAGCGCGGCUCGGUCGAGCUCGGCGUCUUCGACGAGAGUAAUUACCGACGGAUUCAGUGCAUCAAAAUCGGCGGCGAACAGCUCGCGGAUGAGGCGGCUCCAACAUGGGGACAUGCAGUACGCAGAACACAGUGCGACUGGCGCCUCACACAGACUGUUGCAGGCGGAAGGGUUAACGGCGGAGCAGAACGCCGCUUAUCUCCAGGAAAAGCGAUCUCUGCAAGCCGGAGAAGUGACGGCUCAAGAGGCGAACAACAUGUCCGCGACGAGUUCUAGGUUACACACGGAAGCCUUCAGCGCGGAGAAGAAGGCCACGGCUUCGUCACAAGCGAGGCAGACCGUCACUUCCAGCGGCAUGUUUAGCCAUAAAGAGAGCUCUUCGCACUCGAACAUGACAAUCUUAAGUAAAAACCUCACAACGAAGUCCAUGCUGCUAUCCUCACAGAUGAGUCAACUGUUGAACGGGACGAUAAAACCGGGCGACGAAGACCUCACCGACUUGACGUUCGAGGAUCUAGACAAACUGAACGCGAACUCGAACGAGAAAGACGUCAACUCGGCCAUCCAGAAGUACUCGCAUCGGAUGAACGCAUUCAUCGCCGCCAUCAAGAACAACAAGAUGGACAUGAAGAGCGCCGGAGUGCAUUUCAACAAAUUAAACGAAAUGCUCCGAAGGGCGUGGGCCGUCCCCACCUACGGACACGAAUUGGGCUACACCCUGUGCAACGCGCUCCGGACGUCCGGCGGCCUCGACAUUCUCAUGGAGAACUGUCUCGAGUCCGAGAACCCCGAGCUGCAGUUUUCCUCCGCGAAACUACUCGAGCAGUGCCUGACCACGGAGAACAGGGCGCACGUCGUCGAAAACGGGCUCGAGAAGGUCGUCAACGUCGCCUGCGCGUGCACCAAGCAGGCCAACGCAGACCACUCCCGCAUAGGCACCGGCAUUCUGGAGCACCUGUUCAAGCACAGCGAGGGCACCUGCGGCGACGUCAUCAAGCUGGGAGGCCUCGACGCCGUGCUCUUCGAGUGCCGGAAGAACGACAUCGAGACCUUGCGGCAUUGCGCCACGGCCCUGGCCAACCUGUCCCUGUACGGCGGGGCCGACAACCAGGAGGCCAUGAUCAAGAGGAAGGUCCCGAUGUGGCUGUUCCCUCUGGCGUUUCACCACGACGACAACAUCAAGUACUACGCGUGCCUGGCGAUCGCCGUGCUGGUCGCCAACAAGGAGAUCGAAGCGGCCGUCCUGAAGUCCGGAACAUUGGACCUGGUGGAACCUUUCGUGACCUCGCACAAUCCGUCCGAAUUCGCUCGCUCGAACCUCGCCCACGCCCACGGCCAGAGCAAGAACUGGCUGCAGAGACUCGUCCCGGUGCUCAGCUCCAAGAGGGAGGAGGCCCGGAACCUGGCCGCUUUCCACUUCUGCAUGGAGGCCGGCAUUAAGAAGCAGCAGGGUAACACCGAGAUCUUCAAGGAGAUCGGCGCGAUCGAGUCUCUCAAGAAAGUUGCGAGUUGCCCCAACGCCGUGGCCUCGAAGUACGCCGCCCAAGCUCUGAGGCUGAUAGGCGAAGAGGUGCCGCACAAGCUGUCGCAGCAGGUGCCCCUGUGGUCCAUCGAGGACGUCCGCGAAUGGGUCAAGCAGAUCGGCUUCUCGGAGUACGCGACCAACUUCUACGAAAGCCGGGUGGACGGAGACCUUCUGCUGCAGAUCACAGAGGAGAACCUCAAAGAGGACAUCGGCUUACACAACGGAAUCAAGAGGAAAAGAUUCACGAGAGAACUGCAGCAGCUGAAGAAGAUGGCGGACUACAGCUCGCGGGACACGGGCAACCUCAACGACUUCCUCCAGGGCAUCGGCCUGGAGUACACCAUCUACACGUACUCCAUGCUCAACGCCGGAGUGGACAAGGAGUCUAUCCGGGGCCUCAGCGACGAGCAGCUGGAGAAGGAGUGCCACAUCCUCAACAGCAUCCACCGCUUGAGGAUACUGAACGCUAUACGGGCAUACGAAAGCAGACUUCCGAUCAAAGGCGAAGAGAACUUAGAAAAGAACCUAGACGUGUUCGUCAGCUAUAGAAGAUCCAACGGCUCCCAGCUGGCCAGCCUUCUGAAGGUCCACCUCCAAGUCCGGGGAUUCACGGUUUUCAUCGACGUGGAGAGACUGGAGGCGGGCAAAUUCGAUAAUAAUUUAUUGCAAAGCAUCAAACAGGCGAAGCACUUCCUCUUGGUGCUGACGCCCAACGCCUUGGACAGGUGCAAGCACGACAACGAGCAGAAGGACUGGGUUCAUCGGGAAAUCGUGGCGGCCUUGCAGUCGCAGUGCAACAUCGUCCCGAUAAUCGACAAUUUCGAAUGGCCCGAGCCGGAGGAGUUGCCGGAGGACAUGAGGGCCGUGUGCCACUUCAACGGGGUCAGGUGGAUCCACGACUACCAGGACGCGUGUGUCGAGAAACUGGAGAGCUUCCUCCGGGGCAAGUCGAACCUGGCCAACCGACUGGAGAGCCUCCGACCGGCGGCCGUGUCCGCCCUCCCCCGAGGGCCCUCGUACCAGCGCAUGCACUCCACCGAGAGCCGCUCCAGCGACAAGGCCGAUUGA